GCCCAUUUAUGAACCCAAAAUGUCCCAAGACUCCCGACCUCAUCUCUCUAAUCUUCCAUUUACGAGCCUAAAUGGCUUCGAUAUCAGGCAAUUGAUCAUCUCCUAGUUUUGGUCAUGGCAAUUCCAAAUCAGAAACUUCUCAAAACUCUAAGAUCAGUUUUAACCUCUGACACCUCUAUCAAAACCAAUUAUGAAAUUGCAAACAAAAUUUCUGAAGCCCUUAAAACUUUAGGCUGCAAAUCUCUUCUCCAACCUAAUAAUUUUCCCCUCCUCUCAAAUCUCAACACAGACAUAAUCCAUCUUGUUGUCUCAAACCCACUUCUCAAACCCACUACUUGUUUAGAUUUCUUCAAUUUUCUUGAUGAUGAUAAUAAACGAUUUCUUACUCCUCCUACUUAUGAGCAUGAUCUUCAAACUUAUAUAACCUUAAGUUUAAGGUUAUUCAAAGACAGAAAAUUCCGAAUGGCAAAAUGUCUUCUUAAUCAUGUUGCAAUUCAUGAAAAUCUCAACUUCCCAGUUUCAGCUACAGCUUCUUUGGUGGAGAAUCUUUGUAAGGAUUCUCAUACUUUGAGUGAAUUUUUUGAUAUGUUUUUUAGAGUUUAUUUAGAGCAAAACAUGUUUGAGGAGGCUUUUCAUGUUCUUGAUCACAUGAAAAAGAAUAACUUGGAACCGGAUACACGGUCGAUCACGAUUGCUGUCGAUAAGCUUUGUAAGAAUGGAAAGCUCGAGAAGGCUAGGGAGUUCAUGGUGGUGGGCGGAAGUAAAGGGAUUAAACCAAAUAUUUUUACUUAUAAUGCUCUGAUUAAUGGGUUUAUUAAAAUGGGUAAAUUUGAGGAGGUUCAUGAAAUACUGGAGUUGAUUGAUAACGAGGGACUAUCAAAAAAUGUUACAACUUAUACACUUCUGAUUAAUAAGUUUAUAACUGAGGGCAAUAUUGAAGAAGCUGAAAAAGUGUUUGGAGAAAUGCUUGAGCGAAAGAUUGAACCUGAUAUACACGUUUAUACAUCAAUGAUAAGUGGAAAUUGCAGAAGUGAAAAUAUGAAAAGAGCAUUUGCGUUGUUUGAUGAACUGUCUGAGAAAAGAAUAAAUCCUAAUGUACAUACUUAUGCUGCAUUAGUGAAUGGUCUUUGUAGAGUUGGACAAAUGGAUGCGGUGAAGAUAUUGUUAAAGGAGAUGCAGUGCAAUGGAAUUUAUUUGAACCAGGUGGUGUUUAAUACAAUAAUGGAUGGGUAUUGUAAGAAAGGAGCAGUGCAUGAAGCUUCAAAAUUGUUUGAUGUAAUGGGGAAGAAGGGUAUUAAAGCUGAUGUGUUUUCAUAUAACAUAAUUGCAUGUGGAUUAUGCAAGUUAAACCGAAUUAGUGAAGCAAAAGCGAUAUUGCUUAGUAUGGUAGGUAAGGAUAUUGUGCCAAAUUGUGUAAGCUUUACUAUUUUGAUUGACAUUCAUUGUAAAGAAGGAAAUAUUGCUGAAGCGAUGAGGGUUUUACGUGAUAUGGAGAAGAAGGGUGUACAGCCUAAUGUUGUUACUUAUAAUGCUCUUAUAGACGGGUAUUGCAAAAAAGGGAAAAUGAAGGAAGCUUGCGAGAUUAAAGAUGUUAUGGAAAAGAAAAGGAUAGUACCGGAUGUGUAUACUUAUACGUCGCUUAUGCAUGGGAAUUUCAUAGUUGGGAAUGUAGACAACGGGUUGAAACUGUUCCAGGAGAUGGUGGCAAGGAGUUUGUCACCAAAUUUGGUUACUUACACUAUGAUGAUUUCAAAUUUGUCUGAAGAAGGGAGAUCUCAUGAGGCUUUCCGUUUGUACGACGAAAUGAAAAUUGUGGGUCUAGUGCCUGAUGAUGCUCUAUACACCACCCUCGUUGGUAGUCUUCACAAUGAGGUGCCAAGAAACUCUUAACCAAGGAAGAAGAUAGGCACUUUUGUUUAAUUUUUCAAUAGCAAUUGCCAAGAAACUAUUACCCUUCAUUCCUGAUAAGAUUGGAAGUAUUGUUGGCUUGUAAAAGCAUGGGUGAAGUGUAUGAAUGAGACAUGGUGGUAGUUUUCAAGUAAAAAUGGCAUGAUUGAAUGUGGCUCAUCUUUCUGAGCAAUUAGAUACCGUACGGCAUCUAGCUAGUGAGACCCAGAAAAAGAAAUGCUGCACCAGAAAACAGGAUACUGGUUUGUUUGUUUUUUAUCUGGGAUGCUAAAGUUACAUGUGACUUGGAGUGUGCAAGCGUUGUUCCUCUUGGCGGAUAUGAAAGAACUUGGUAGUUUGGUAUGCGACAACCUAAGUUUGGCAAGUUCCAGACGAGGGAUUUGGAUUUACUAUCAUUUCACUGCCGAAGGGAGUUACAAGGUACACUCCUAUCCUUAAUAUGCUUGCCGAGGAAAUAUGGUAUGGAAGAGACUCGAGUACAAGAUUUGGUGAAGGUGCAGAAACUAUCUCAGAGUGUGUUUGAUGUUGUUAAUAAUGAUUUUUCUUGUACCAAGUUUUUGCGUUAGGAUUGUUAGCAGGUUUGUUGAUCUUAAGAUAACAAGUACCCUCUUGCUAUCCGUUUUUGCACGCCCAUUAUGUGAACAGGUUUUCACUUCAGCUGUUGAUGAUUGCUCAUUUGUAGGGGUGAGCAUGGGCCGGUAUGGACCAGUUUUUACCUCAUCCGCAUCCAAUCCAAUCCCCUAUUGAUU